AUGGCUAAAUCUCUUCAUUUUGCUUUCAUGGUCACCGUCCUGAUCCUCCUCCUCGUCGCUGCCGGCCCCGGGAUCCAAAUCGGGGCAGCGAAGCUCUGCGAGAGGAGGAGCACAACAUGGUCGGGAGUGUGCACCGACUCUAAUAAGUGCAACGAUCAGUGCCGAAACUGGGAGCACGCCACGCAUGGGGCAUGCCAUUUCCAGUUCCCUGGAUUCGCAUGCUUCUGUUACUUCAACUGUUAA